UCUUGCAGCAGGCCGAGGCAGAGCUUUGGUGCCACAAUUUCGGCUACCUCAAAUCCAUGGCACUGCGGUGCGCCAUCAAGCUUGGGAUCCCCAACGCCAUCCACCGCCGCGGCGGCGCAGCCUCACUGAGUCACUGUCGGAGCUGCAUGCCUCCGUCCCCGUCGCCGCAAGCAAACGCCCAUGCCUGUCUCGCAUCAUCACGUUCUUGGCUGCGACGGGUAUCUUUAGGGAGGAGGAGAUCUCAGCAGACGACGGCGAGGCGGCGGCAGGACCGCGCUACCACCUCACCGCGGCGUCUCGCCUCCUGAUCGUCGUCGACGACGACGACGACGCUAGAGGCGGCGGCCGCGGAUGCGUCGCUCAGCUCUUCAUCCUGUGCAGCUCGCCGUCCUACUUCACGGCGUCCCAGCACUUGCCCGAGUGGCUCCAGCAGGAGGACGGGACGACGGACGACGACGGCGCUCCGGCCGCAGCGCGGACGACGCCGUUCACGAUGGCGCACGGGGCGGGGUUCUACGACGUCGUCCGGCGCGACGCGGCCUUCGGCGUGGUUUUCGACGAGGCCAUGGGCUCAGACAGCCGCUUCGUGGCGGACAUCGUCGUCCGCGAGUGCGGCGAGGUGUUCGCCGGGCUGACGUCGCUGGUGGACGUCGGAGGCAACAACGGGACGACGGCGAGGGCCAUUGCCAAGGCCUUCCCGCACGUGAGGUGCUCCGUGCUGGAGCUGCCCCGCGUGGUGGACGCCAUGCCGGCUGAUGCCACCGUUGAGUUCGUUGCCGGCGACAUGAUGAAGUUCAUCCCUCCGGCCGAUGCUGUGUUACUCAAGUUCACACUACAUAACUGGAGUGAUGAAGAUUGUGUUCAAAUCUUGAAACGAUCCAAGGAAGCUAUUUCUACUCGAGAACCAAAGGGGAAGGUGAUAAUAAUAGAUAUUGUGUCAGGGUCUCCAUCUAAUAAACGAACAUUGGAAGCUCAACUUUUGAUGGAUCUAUGCAUGAUGGUGGUAUUAGAAGGCAAGGAGAGAACAGAGGAGACAUGGCACAAGAUUUUCCUAGAUGCAGGAUUCACUCGAUACAAGGUUACUCCCAUCUUAGGAACAACUCGAUCACUCAUUGAAGUCUAUCCAUAGGUGCAUGGCUGGCUCGCAGAUAUGAAUAUCAGGGAGUGAAGGCCAUGGCUUAUAUAUGCAUCGCACCGUAAAAUAUAUGUAAUAAUAGCAUUUGUCUGCAAGUAUAUUGUUGUCAAUCAAAAAGAGGUUGAUCCUAGUUUCUCUGGUAAAGUCUGUCAGGUUGGUUUUGGCCACUUUAUUAAAAUGCAGAAUGGACUUCACCAUAUAUAGAAUAGAAACACCUAAUUUGGAGUGCAUAUAUGACUGAAUGAGGAAACUACAACUUAGCAGGGGCGGUUCUAGAGUAGUA